AUGCGUGUGCCUCCACAGAUCCAACUGAUUGAUAACUGGCCUUCUUCCUCGUGCUUCGUCUUGUGUCUUUUUUGUUUUUCAGCAGCGAGAUUUUUAACCUUUUUCUUUUUCACCAACACUUAUUCUACCAUUUCCCGUUUUGGAGUAUUCACAUCAGUCAUCAUGGCCUCUCCUCAGCAGAUCCGCACCGACAUCACCGAUCUCUUCGGGAUCAAGCACCCCAUCCUCCUCGCCGGCAUGAACGUCGCCGCUGGCCCCAAGCUGGCGGCGGCUGUCACCAAUGCCGGCGGUAUGGGUGUCCUCGGUGGUAUCAGCUACACCCCCGAGAUGCUCAGGGAGCAGAUCGAUGAGAUCAAGAAGCACCUUAACGACAAGAAGGCUCCCUUCGGUGUCGAUCUCCUUCUUCCCCAGGUUGGCGGCAACGCCCGCAAGACCAACUACGAUUACACCAAGGGCAAGCUUGACGAGCUGAUUGACAUCAUCAUCGAGUCCGGCGCCAAGCUCUUCGUUUCCGCCGUCGGUGUCCCCCCCAAGCACGUCGUCGAGAAGCUCCACAAGAACGGCAUCCUCUACAUGAACAUGAUCGGCCACCCCAAGCACGUCAAGAAGUGCCUUGACCUCGGUGUCGAUAUCAUCUGCGCUCAGGGUGGCGAGGGUGGCGGCCACACCGGUGACACCCCCACCACCGUCCUCAUCCCCACCGUUGCUCAGCUCGUCAAGGGCCACAAGUCCCCAUUGACUGGCAAGCCCGUCCAGGUUGUUGCCGCCGGUGGUAUCUGGAACGGUCAGCUCCUCGCCUCUGCGCUCAUGAUGGGCGCCAGCGGUGUCUGGGUUGGUACCCGUUUCGUCCUCUCCAAGGAGGCUGGUGCCCCCAAGGCCCACAAGGAGGCCGUCCGCACCUCGGGCUUCGAUGACAACAUCCGCACCACCAUCUUCACCGGUCGCCCCAUGCGUGUCCGCGCCAACCCCUACAUUGUUAACUGGGAGGAGGACCGUGUUUCCGAGUUGAAGCAGUGCCUCGCCAAGGGCAAGAUCCCCCACGAGGUCGACCUCGAUAAGCUCAUGGCUGGUGAGGUCCCAUCGAUUGCCGACCUCAAGAAGAUCGGCCUCGUUGCUGCCUCCACCCCCGACAACGCCGAGGUUGAUGUUGAUGACCUUCUUGACUCCCUCAUGCCCCACCUUAUGGGCAAGUGCGCCGCCGUUGUCAACGAGGAGAAGUCAGCCAAGGAGAUCGUUGACGAGUUUGUCAACGAUGCCGUUGCCGUCAUCAAGAGGGGCAACGCCCAGCUCGUCAGCUUGCCCAAGCUAUAG